AUGGCAGAGGCGGACCAAAAAACAACCAGCAAGCGGCCUAGAAAGCCCAACUUUUCACCAACAGAAUUAGAGAUCCUCGUGGACGAAGUGAGUAAAAAUAGAAACUUGAUAAUGGGAAAGUUCAGCGAUACUGUGACAAAUGAAAAGAAGAAGAGAAUUUGGACACUUAUCGCAGCAAAGAUAAAUGCUGCAUCUCAAGCUUCAAGAAGUAUGGAGGACGUCAAAAAGAAAUGGCAAGACUAAUCUAGCGUUGUAAAGGGGAAAGCGUCAAAAUUUGACAGGGAAAGAAAAAGGACAGGUAACAACGAAAUGACAGAACUGGGUCUGACGCCUUUAGAAGAAAAAGUGCUUUCUGUACUUGGGGUAACAGCAGUAGACGGCAUCAACACUGAAAUGGCAGACACAUUUGAACUAGAAAGGUCAGUAGACGCAGAUAUGCAGAGUGUAGAGUCCAUAGAAAUACAAAGUAGUAAUGAAUCUUCUGACAAUGAUCAAACUUACCUUAAACAAUUUUGGGAUAGAUCAACCAAUGCAAUAUCAGUCCCUGAAACAUCAAACGCUGGACAUAGUGUCCCAUCAAUUGCAUCAAACGUUGUGCCAUGUGGAAGUAAAAAAAGAAAAGUAGCUCGCGAUUUGACCGAGGAUGAAUCGUCCAAGAUAUAUGCUUUGGAAAAGGAAAAAAUUACUGUUGAAAAAGAAAGAUUAGAAAUAGAAAAGGAAAGACUUCAGGUUGAAAAAUCUAGACAGCAAUGUGAAGAGCAGAUUCUUCAUAUCUUGCAACGAUAUCUUGGUUCAAAGGAUGGGAAUGCUCAGCCGUUCCAACCAGAUGAUGCAGAUGCUCCAUUCAGUUUAACUUGUCUUUAA